UCUUUGUUUAUUGAUAAGCAGGAAAGUGUCGUUAGUGACUCGUUAUUAUAAGUUCUUGUUGCAUCACGUUUUGUAUUCUGUUUUAAUGAGCCAAGCAGUAGACGCAGCCAACCAGUCUGAACUCGAAAAAACAGAAAAUUCUACUAAUGCUGAUCCACAAAAUAUCACUUGGUUGACAGGAAGUUUACUUGGAUCAGCCCGGGAAGGUCUUGAGCUUUGGAUUAGUGAUAAUUUUUCGGAUAUUGACGAAUUUCAGUGGAAUAUACUGAAAACGCUUCUGACGUUUUUGUGCAUAAAUUUAACUUUAAUUUGCCUCGCUUGGAAAAAGUAUGGUGGGAAGAUUACAGAGAGGUUCAUGAAACCAGAUUCAAGUAAAGCUUUGGAUGAUUUAAGGAAAGAAGCUACAGAAUUGAAACUUCCUAAAGAACACUGUCCUCGUAUUUAGUUGUUGUUUUGAGAUUCAAGGUUGAAAAUGUCUGUCAUCAAAGAGUUUUUUAAGAAGAAGAAAUUGGAAUCAAAGUUCAAGCUGGCUGGACCAGGCCAUACAAUGACAAGUUCCUCCUCGUCUACUUCAGCUACAAAUAAAAUGGUAAAAACUGCUGGUCCCUCUCAUUCUCGGUUAGCUCCAUCUGAGGGCUCAAAGAGGGCAGGAGCAGCUGCCUUGGCACGUUUUGAACAGAAUCUAAAGCAGCAAGAACCAAAUUGGUCUUUAGCAGCAAUUCGUGCCCAGGCCAGGAAGGAACUGGAAUUGGAACUAGAAGCACAAAAACGAUCCAAGGAUGGUGGACCUGAAGAAGUGUCACAGGAGGCUGCUCCACUUCUUGCAGUGUCUGGUGUAUACUAUUCCUGUCCUCUUAUUGGUCCUGAGGUCUUAUCAAAGCAAGCUAUUGAAGAUAAAAUCAAGAAUUUCCUUUAUGAGCAGCUGUCAGAAGAAAGAGGACUUACAUCAUGCUUGAUUAUUCAUACGUGCAACCAAAACAAGGCACAGAUAAGUCUUGGGAUAGAAACAUUGUCCAAGUAUCUUACAAACAUAAUUGAAAACCCAACAGAAGAAAAAUAUCAGAAGAUUCGUCUCAGUAACAAAGUGUUUCAGGAAAGGAUUGCGGGUCUCGAGGGAGCUUUGGAAUUUUUAAUGGCAUGUGGAUUUGAACAACAGAAACUACCACAUGGUAAUGGUGAAGAAGAUUUUCUCGUGUUCCAAAAAGACAAAUUGGAAGAUUUAGAAACACUCAGAAUGCUGAAAGAUGCUCUCCAGACAUCUGAAGCUAUUGUACCCGAGCUAGAUCGAGGGCUUCGAGUGUUGAUGCCAUCUCAAGCAGCAGCAAUGGUGAACCUUCCGGAUGAUUUUUUCAGUCUCUCAAAAGAUGAAAUAAAGAGAGAGCAAGAACUCAGAGAACGACAAGUUGAGCUCAACCAACAACUAAGAACUCGAUCUAUGAAAGAAAGGGAUGAGGUGAAAGAAUUGCGAAAGUACAAAUUCACGUUGAUUAGAAUUCGGUUUCCAGAUGGAAUAUUGCUUCAGGGAACAUUUUCUGUUAUGGAAUGGCUUCGAGAUGUAAAAUAUUUCAUCACAGAGAAUUUGAAUGAUCCAUCAAAGGAAUUUGAGCUACUGUCUCCAGGAGGACAAAAGCUUACCAAAGAUGAAGAACGACUGUUAGAUCUGCACCUAGUGCCCGCCGUCAUUCUACACUUCAGAUUUACAGAACAGUUGGAGGGAAAACACAUUCAAGAAGACUCCUUUCUAAAGCCAGAAGUAAUGGCUUUGUUGCAGUACAUUUAGUUUUGAAAACAUUACUAACUUACUCUAAAAAGUAUGAGUGUUUUCUGAGUACAACAAUAACUGUUUUGGAUCAUAGCUUAUCAUCAUUUUGGGUCUUCUUCUCCUAUUAGGUUAUUUAUCAAUUGGAUGCUUUUUAAGUUAUAUUAGUAUGUGAGAGUUUAGGUUCAGGAUACCUCAACACUUUAAUCUUAAAGAUUUUUAUUCAGUAGUAUAUAAUGAAACAUCAAAGUAACUCAUGAUUCUAUAGAAACACUGAACAGUUUUACAAGAAACACAAUAAGCUAUAACAACCAUCUAAGGAAAUUUUUCUGUUUAGUUUUGCUCAUUGUCAGAGCUGAUGUGGCAGACUUAAUCAUGGUAAGGCUGUUCUGAGUUCUAUGCAAAACAGUGUGAAAAAAAUAUUAAUUUUUGCUUCUGGCAGAAAAUGGAUAAAUGAGCUGCUUAGAUUAACCAGGAGGCUACUUUGAUGUUUCAUUACCAUUAUGUCUUAGUAUAUGAAUUGUCUGUAAAGAUAUAACUGAGAUUUCUUGAUAUUAAAAUUAAUUUAUUUAAAAUCAGCAUUGAAGGUGGUGAGACUGUCUUUCAAAUUUUAGAAGAUUGAACUUCAUAUAAGAUUUAGAUUUUAACCCUCUAUUGUACACAUUAUGAAAAUACAGUGAAAAAUAUUUUUUCUUUGAAUUUUUAUCUUAAAUAGAUCUAUAUUGCACAAAAAAUGUUUUCAUGAAUUAUAUUUUAGUAAAUUAUAAAUGGGUAUGUUACUUAGAAAUUGCAUUGCUCAACUUCAGAAAUAAUUACAUGAAUUAUUUAGACUGUUACCUCCAUUACAGAACUGAAGCAAUUGUGUGUGUGUGUGUUAAGCAACAAAAACAAUUUGUCACCUGUAUGUUCAAUGUGCAAUAGAGGGUUAAAUUGAAAUUAGUUGAUGACUAACAAUGUUGCUUUGACCUUAAAUCACUCUCCUCACAUAUAAUGUUACAUAAUUUGUUAAUCAUAUGUAUAUGGGGGAAAAAACUUGCUUAAAGUAAAGUUGGAUAAGUUAAAGUAAAAAUUUAUAAAGAAAUUUUUAUUACCUGUAGAAGCUGGACUCUGCAUUAUUAUAAUAACUUGUAGCUAAAAGUUUACAUUAUAGGCUGACAUGUGGUCAGGAUAUUUUUGGUUGAAGUAUGUCCAUUAAUAUCAUUAUACACAUGAAGUAAUUACUAAACUAACCCAAACAAAGAACAUGUAAGAUCAAAAAGUGAACACACAAUAUAUUAUUUGAUAUCAUAACUGGUGUGUACUUCGUGCAAUUUUAUAUAACAUAAUUACAAAGAGAUUAUGAUGCUUUGAAUCUGAAAUGAUAAAGAUUCUAUUUAGUUAUUGUAACAUAUAAUGUUGGCUAUAAAUAUUUAAUAAGAAUAGGAUAUUCAUAUUAGUUUUUUUUAUAAUUGAUGUGAUCUUUUUGGCUAACUUGCAGUAACUUUUGCAAAUAAAUAUCUUAAACAUUUAGAACAAAGAAUGAAUAGUCUGACAUGUGGUAAUAUGCUAUUGGAAUUGGUAUCUUAAGGUGACAUUUUUUUAUAUCACUAAAAGGAAAAAAUAUACUUUAAAAUAUCCAGUGUUUAUUGUAUGUUUACUAUAAUUAUAUUUCAUAUUGUAAGGGUAUUUCUACUACAGAAAGACAGUUAUAUUAGUAUAACACACGUUUGUAUUUAAAGCAGGGUUCAUACUUACAGGCAAUUAAAAAGUAUUGAAGGAUUGCUUUGUCUGUAAAAUCAACUCGAAAUACUUGAAUGUCUAUAAUAUCUGUCUUUAAAUCUUGUUUAAAAAGAAAGGUUCAACUGUUUCUGUAUUAGCAUUUCUGGAAUGUAAAUUUUAAGGUUGUUCCAAUACAGGCUAGACAGCAAAUGAUAAAAACAGAUAAUAUA